AGCGUUUGGCUUUCAUAUAAACAUCACAAUCAGCUGCCGCCUUGUGAGUUGGGAAUCACGAGCAACGGUGGCAGCUCCAUCGAGGUGCAUGGUUUGAGCAGUACCGAAGGUUGAAGAAUAUUAAAAUGGAAAGACGGGAUAGGCCUAUAGCGGUAACACGGAAGUCGUUCAAAGAAGCCUACGGUUAAAACAUGUUUACAUUUAGUUGGAAGAGAGAAUCCUGCUGAUUACACCCAGCAGUAUACAUAUACAACCUGUGUGUUUUUAAAACAUGAAACAUGCAGGCAUUUGAUGAGAUUAUAUCGGAUACAGACCCGUGUGUGAAGUAAACUGCCUCUAUAAGUUUAAUAUAUAUGCUAUUUUAUGGUACAACAAGCGCAACAACUGAUUAUAUUAUUUGCUAUUAUUUUUGCAGGGCUAAACAGGUUAGCAAAAAAAUGAAGAGAAAUUGUAUUUCUACAAUCCAAACACUACUGUUUUGGCUGUUCGCUUUGUUAUGUCUUACACUUUGGGUCAUUUAUGUUAUUUCUGAUAUGAUACAGCUAAGGUAUAAAGAGACGGAAAGACAACGGCAGCCGAGGAUAAACAGAAAAAUCUCGGCUUAUUAUUACGGAACCGACCACUAUUACGAAGAAUAUAUCGACCGAAAUUUGAAAAAUCAAGUUGUGGAAAACAAACAUGAAAACCAAACAAAUUUAGAUGACAUUUUUAUCUCCGUUAAAACGAGUGGAAAAUUUCACAAAACAAGACUUAAUGUUAUUAUUGAUACCUGGUUUCGGGAUGCAAAUCAACAGACCUACUUUUUUACGGAUACAGACGACGACGGUUUAUCCAAGAAAACUGAUGGACAUAUGGUCAAUACGAUGUGCAAUUCAAGUCACAUACGACGAGACCUAAGUUGCAAAUUAGGAGCAGAAUACGAUUUCUACAUAAAGUCGAACAAAAGAUGGUGGUGCCAUUUUGACGAUGACAAUUAUGUUAACGUUGAUCAACUUGUGAUGUUACUGCGUGAUUACGACCACAACAUGGACUUUUAUAUUGGAAAACCAAGCCUAAACUAUCCGUUUACAACAACAUUCAAAGGAGAGAAAGUUGGCUUUUGGUUUGCUACGGGUGGAGCUGGUGUUUGUAUUUCUAAAGCUCUAGCUCAGAGGAUGAAGCCAUGGUGCAGCAAUGGUGGGCUAUACCGAACGUCCGAGCAUCUAAACGCUCCUGACGACUGUACACUGGGAUUCGUUGUGUCUAACCGACUAGCAGUCGAACUAACGUCAUCCAAUCUACUGCAUUCUCAUCUGGAAACACUAGGCCAAUUAAACCCGGCAACACUGACUGAGCAGGUGACAUUGAGCUACGGCCUCGACAAUCGUAACAACAUCAUACAGCUGCAAGAAUCAAGCCAUAAUCUACCUAUAAGUAAAGACCCGACAAGGUUUCGAUCCUUGCACUGUAAACGAAAGCCAGACACAUGCUCCAGGGUACAUCGUACGAAAUCCGGAUAGAGAAUCGUUUUUGAACAUAUCGUAAAGUUCCGCAUUUUUUGUACUUGGAUUUUCUACACUGUGCGUUUUUAAAUUUUACUUUUAAAUGAUGUAGACUUAUUUGUUAAUAAAGAUAUUAAUAAAAGCA